AUGCCCAUAUUCCAAUUUUCUGGUCACUUGUCCAAUGUCUUUUUGUCUGCAUCAGCAUUGGGAAACGACGCCUUGAACUUUGGUUCUUGGAUGAUCUCCAAUGCCCCUGUGAGGUCGGAAGGCAAUGGUAGUCUCAGCACCCACAUCAGCUAUGGAGGACCUUAUUCUGCUCACUCUGACUCUCAUCACAACCCCAAGUCCACGCCCGCGCCUGAUAUCGCCAUCGCCAUCACCACUGCUCAUUCUGAGUCUAAUCACACCUCCGAAUCCGUGCCCGCACCUGAUAUCAUCAUCAUGGCUGCUCAUUCUGACUCUCAUCACAACUCCACGUCCGCGCUCAUGCCUGAUACCGCCAUCACCACUGCUCAAUCCAAAGAUGCUGACCACUUCAAGGGCAUAAUGAAAAAAUAUCCGAAGUGGAGACUGGUCCUGUCCUAUCUGUGGCUUCUUAUUAGAGUGGCAAUUUGUAAAGGCGAAACUGGGAACCCUCAUUUUAUCACCACAGCUUCACUCGAGACAAAAGCUGCCAUGAUACAUGGCCUCUUCACUGAAAGUCUCACUCGUGCUAACAUCAGCAACAUAGAAGAAGUAACUUCCACUAGCGAUAGUAGGACCUUAAGUGAGAAUGAGGUCCUCGCAAUGGUAGGACCAUGGGUAUCCCAAUUUAUCCACAAUACAAGAUGCAUGGCCUCUCAGAUAAUCAGUCAUCCUCGAGCAGGCUUUGGGCUCCAUGAUAUUUUCGGUACCCUGCUCAAAGCUAGGCUUGAGCAUUUGCUAGACCACUUCAUGCGACCACACUCUAUACGUCUUCUGUUCGAUCAAAACAGAUUGGUUUGGAUCUUCCACACCCAAUGUAUCAAGUCUAUCCUAUGGCACAUUGUGUUUAGGGUGACCAUAUCAAAUGGUGUUACCGCUGCCACAACCCCCAGUUUACCACAGAUUGUGGCCGAUCUUGAUCCCAAUGUCUUCAGGAAUACUUCUGUCUUGCCUGUGGAGACUCUAGCAUUCAUCCAGUUGUUUUGUUACUUGGCGCUCCUUCGAGAGCUAGAAGGUGUCGUGGCCCAAAUUCCUGGUGCUACCUUUGACCAGCCAAUCUAUCCAUCUGCAGCCACAGUUUAUGAAGAGGCCAUUGAGACACUCAACAUACUCUUGCCACUGGAUUCAGAUCCAGGACACUCGGUGUUCAUGACCUGCAUGGCCUCAUUGAUUGAGGAUACUGAGGACGCCCUAGGAUCUUGGCUCUGGACACACGGGCUCGAACUGCCGGACUCCCUCUUUGCCACUGCUGCUGUGUUGUUUGGUUUGGUUGACUAUUGUGAUCUCACACUUCUUCUUGAAAAUUUCUUCCACAAGGAGGGCAUUAUUUCAUGGGGAGAUAGAAUGCACCAUGCUCAAACAGAAGUCUUGUUAUUUAGUACAGCUAUUGUGAACUUGUGCGAAGUGUUGAACACUAGAGGUCAGCCGUCAAUCGUCCCAAAAUUACUGCCUCCAGUGAAUACUGUCGGAUAUACUAGUGCAUACAAAGCUCCUAGUUUGCUUGAUUGCAAGCACUUCCAACCUACCAAGGAUAUCCAAGAUAAAUGCUGUGCAUGGCUCAUCACAUCAUCGCCUUUUCAGGACACUGUGGAAGUGGGUUCUGAUGCUAGCCAAACACCCCCUGAGUCUCCUCGUCAUCAUCAAUACCCCCUAAGGCACGAUGACCAACUUCUCUCUAUGCCUCAUUUGACAAAUGCCCUGGUUGGUAACGUCAAAUUUGGUACAUACAUCAACACAUCUUUCGAGGACAAAACACUGGAUGAACUUAUGUCUGUUUUCCAUAUUUUGGAUUUGAAGAAGCAGUGGGCACAGGCCGAGGUAGACAUGUUUUCUGAAGCUAUUGUACUGAAUGCUGAAUUGGAGUUUACUGAUGAUGGCACGUCUUCGGGGAAGGUUAUGAUGUAUGAUUCACGUUUGCAUGAUGAUUGGUUUGAUGAUUGGGUUUCGACUUCGUCCGCUCCUUCCAAUACCUCUUAA